GACAGGCCACAGGCGGCCCACGCUCACGGAUUUAGCCCACACACUUACAGUCUAGUUCCUUCUCACCUAUUCCAUGUCCACUGAUGGACUAGUAUCAGGUGUGACAAGAAGGAGCUCGAUGCGCUCAUCAUGGCGGUGGUGGGGAGCGCGGUCGAGGCUGCGGUGGCGCGCUCGGUUGGGACGGCGGUCGACAAGGCGUUGGAGGCGGCGAUGAGUACCAUCGUCAACAACAUGCAAGCCUACACCGAUGGUGAUGCGGGUGGGUUUGAGCAUUCUCCCAAGGUAGCUGAGGUAUUGCAUGGUGGCCUUCGCUCGUCCACGGUAGUGCGGGGCACCAGUUUGGGCGCUGGAGCACCGUAUGUUCCACCGCCAAUGAGAGGUAUACCUGAACCAAUUCACCCAAAUUAUUCAUUCUUGAGUCUAUUGCACCGUGAGAAGAGGAGUGAGUCAGCUUCUUCGUCAGGGCAUGGAAAACCACCGUCAGUCAAUUUUCCUCGCUUUGAUAGAGAGAACCCGAAGCUGUGGCAAACGAGAUGCAUGGAUUAUUUUGAGAUAUUUGAUACAGAGAUCUGGAUUGUUGCGGCUACGAUGCAGUUUGAAGGACCUGCAGUUUGGUGGUUGUUCUCUGUCCAACACAAGUUUGUGCGCUCAUCUUGGGAGGAAUUUUGUGCUGAAGUGCUUGCCAGAUUUGGGCGUAACAACACCAAUCGUUAGCGAGAAACUUGUAUCGGUUGAAGCAAACAUUAAUUGUUGAAGAGUAUAUCAACGAGUUCUCUAAACUCAUGGAUCAGUUAACAACUUAUGAGACUGAACCAGAUAUGUUAGAUUACACGACUUGCUUCGUUGAUGGGUUGAAAUAUAGUGUUUGAAUGAUUGUGGUUGUGCAACGUCCUGCAGAUCUGGACACUUACUCAAUUGUUGUGGUACAAGAAGAGACGGGGGAGUGUGAAGCUGAACAUCUUUAGUACAGGAAAUGUUCUGCUUAAUUUUACCGCCCUGGCAGAGUUCUAUCAAUCAAAAGUUUUGAAGAAACAAAACCAACAGAGCGAGCUAAACCACCUACUACUGAUGAUAAUUUGGCUACAUUGAAAGCUUACCACACGGCCAAGGGCCUUUGUUUUAUUUGUGGAGAACGUUACGGCAUAGAACAUAAGUGUAGCACUAUUGUCCAGCGUCAUGUGGUCCAAGAGAUGUUGGAGUUUUCUGCCUUAGAGUCACUUGAUUCAGAUGAUAGUGAUAUGGACUUGAUGCUCUUAUCUGCUGAUACCCAGACAGCAACAGGAGGUUCAGGUGCUAUCAAGCUGGACUGUGAGAUCGCAGGGCACAAUGUGGUGUUGCUUCUUGACUCUGGCAGUUCCCAUUCGUUUGUUAGUGAUCGUCUUGCAGCUCAUUUACCGGGAACACAAUAAUUAUCUAAGCAACAGACAGUGUGAAUUGCUGGUGGGGGUCACCUCAAUUGCACUCAUGUAAUUCCUGAGUGCAAAUGGAAUUUUGGACGGCAUACUUUUCAAUGUGAUUUCAGAGGUUUGCCAUUGACACAUGGUAUAGUGGGCAUGGAUUGGCUUUGUUCUUUGGGUACAAUGCAAAUCAACUGGCUUGAGAAGUGGUUGGCAUUUGAGUAUAAGGGAGCUCAUGUAUUCUUACAAGGCUAUUCCCAUGUAUCCUUUAAUUGCAAAGUGGCAGAGCUCCAUUUGGUCCAACCAGACAGUGACAAAGGUGUUAAUGUUCCUCUUCCGGCACCUAUACAGGAAGUGUUGGAUCAAUAUGCUUGUGAUCAUCACAUUCCUCUCAUGGAAGGAGCUCAACCAGUAAAUAUCUGGCCCUGUUAAUAUUCUCCUGAAAUGAAAACAUAAAUUGAAAAGCAAAUCAAAGAGAUGUUAGCGUCUGGAGUAAUUUCACCUAGUUCCAGUCCGUUUGCUUCUCCUGUUAUCAUGGUCCGCAAGAAAGAUAGCUCAUGCAGACUCUAUGUGGACUAUAGGCAUCUUAAUCUGAUCACAUUGAAAACUAAAUAUCGUCUGCCUGUGAUUGAUGAGCUCCUCGAUGAGUUGACAGGAGUAUCUUGGUUUUCAAAGCUAGAUUUACGUGCCGGUUACCAUCAAAUUCGUCUAGCAUCGGGGGAAGAAUAUAAAACUGCAUUCCACACACACAAUGGGCAUUGCCAGUUCAAUGUUCUUGCAUUUGGCCUGACAGAUGCCCUCCAACUUUUCAGUAAGUCAUGAAUUAUGAUUUGUCUCCGGUGCUGCAUAAGUCUGCAGUUGUCUUCUUCUAUGAUAUCCUGGUCUAUAGUCAGACCAUUGAGGAACAUGUCCAGCAUUUGAAAGAGGUGUUGCAAUUGCUUCAAAAACACCAGUGGCAGGUUAAGAGCUCCAAAUAUGAAUUUGCAGUGCCGUAUUGCUUAUGUGGGAUAUGUGAUAGAUGGCAAUGGUGUUUCUACUGACCCAGCAAAGGUCUGUGUUGUGCAGAAUUGGCAUGUGCCUACUAAUCUCAAGUAAUUGCAUGGGAUUAUGUGACUCUCUGGAUAUUAUCGCAAGUUUGGUCAGCAUUAUGGCAUGAUUAGUCAACCACUCACUCAUUUACUGCGCAAAAAUGUACCUUUUGUUUGGUCUCCAGCAGCACAAAACUUCUUUGAUCAUUUGAAGCAAGCUCUCACUACAGCUCCUGUUUUAGCCUUGCCAGAUUUUUCUAAGGAAUUCGUUAUCAAAAUAGAUGCAAGUGAUGUGGGAGUGGGAGCAGUACUUUUACAGCAAGUGCAUCCUUUAGCAUUUGUGAGCAAGAGCUUAGGACCUGGCACUCAAGGGCUUUCUACUUAUGAAAAAGAGUGCAUGGCUAUUAUUCUUGUUGUAGAGCAGUGGCAUUCAUACUUACAACAUGCUGUGUUUAGGUUCUUACAGAUCAUAGCAACUUAGAUCAUUUGAAUGACCAAAGUUUGCACACUUCCUGGCAAAAGAAAGUAUUUACCAAGUUGUGGGGCUUCAAUUCAAGACUCCGUACAAAAAAGCGGCAGAAAAUAGAGUUGCGUAUGCUCUGUCACACAGGGCCUCUCCUGAUAAGCACUUGUUAGCCAUAUCACACCACCAACCUGCUUGGCUUCAAGAGGUGCUGGAUUUAUAUCAAGACAAUGCACCAGCCCAAGAUCUUCUCACCAAGCUUAUUGUCCAAACUUGGUAGGAACAGCUAGGAUUCUACCGGAUCUAGGGCGGAGGUUGUAGGGGAUGGAGCGGAGUUGGCGAGGGCUGACGCGCGGCGACCGGCGUCGGGAUGCCGUUGCGCUCGAGAGGGAGGCGUCGGCGAUGGAAGGCAACGGCGCAGCUAGGGUUCCGGCUCCUCUCGGAGCCGGGAAAUAGAGUUAUGACUAUAUUGCUUAAUUUCAAAAGAGUUGUUAACAUCGGUUUA